UGUUUACAAAUUUGUCUAUAGCAGCCAAGCCAAACAUAUCAAAAGCGCAACGAUAGUGCUAGCAGCAAAAUAUCCUCUUUGGCUUGACACCUCUGUUUUGAAAUUUAUAGUUUAAGUGACAAAACCAUGGAGCACGACGCAGAGGAGCAAUCCUUUCAGCUACAGGCAUUGGCAAUACGCGAGCCAGAUGCCGGCUUCGAUCCCCAGCUGCCGCCACAGACCGGCGAGGAGUAUCUGAUGCACAUGCUGUACGAACGCAAACGCUGCCCGGCGGUGGUGACCAAGCGCUCGUCCAAGAUUAAGAAAGAUGUCUCCGACAGAGGCCAGGGGAUGCUGGAAAGCAUGCCCCUGCCGCCACACAAGUGCCUGCUGCCCACGCCAGAAUGGCGCGAUGAGCAGGCAAAGAGCUUCCAGGCAGCCCGUUGCCAGGUGCUCGAGAUGCGUGACGAACUGACUGCCCACAGCUAUGACCAGUCUGCGGAGCCACCACUCACCUCGGACAUCGAAAAGUGGCAGACAUUCUGCCGCGAUAGGCAGCCGCUGCUCAGUACCCUGUUGCACUUGAGCCAAAAUGAUUUGGAGCAUCUGCUGGAGAUGCUCAGCCAGUGGCUGCAGCCCGAGGAACCCGUGGAUUUGCUCAUCAGAGAUGUCUGGCUGGGCCGUUGGCUCUACGCCACUCUUGUCUGCCUGCAUCUGCCCCUGGAGCCAUAUGUGUACAGCACUCUGCGUGGCAUAGCGCGCUCCUGCAUCCAGCUGAGGAACCAACUGUCCGAAGAGGAGGUGAAGCGAGCAGCGCCCUACAAUCUGAUUAUAACACUGAUUGUCCAGGUCUUUGCCCAGACCGAUCUGGAUGCGUACCUUUAAGAGUUUUGUACCAACUAUCCAUAGAUAUAGAUAAUAGAAACACGUUUGUGUGGUGUGCGAAUGUUUAAUAAGCGGCAAAGACGCGUC